AUGCCAAGUUAUAUCCACCACGGGUCCACUCUGGCUCUGUUUGCUGACGACAGUAAACUAUUCCACACUAUCGACUCUGUAAGUUCUUCCGCCUCGCUACAGGCGGACCUUGAUAGCUUACACGACUGGAGCAUUGACCACGGCAUGGCGUUUAAUUACAAAAAGUGCAAAGUCCUGCAUAUGUCUAAACGGAAGUCGCGCAGGGGGCCUCUGCACAGCUACAAGCUUGACGCCAAAGAGUUAACUUCCGUCUUGGAAACCUCCGACCUGGGCUUGUCUGUUACCAAUCAGCUGUCGUGGGUCUCUCACAUCGAAGAGAUGUGCGCCAAGGGAAAUCGUGUUCUUGGGUUGGUCAAGAGAGUGUGCGGAAGAGACUUGUGCGAUGUCCAGACUAGGCAGCUGCUUUACUCAGCCCUGGUCAGACCAGUAUUGGAAUACGCGUCUUGUGUAUGGUCACCCUACACCAUCAAACAUCGCGCAUUAAUCGAGAACAUUCAACGCCGAGCAACGAAGUUCAUCCUCAACUACCCUCCCAGGGAGAUAAGCUAUAGGGAUAGGCUAGUGCAGCUCAAAUUACUACCGUUAGAGUUUCGCAGAGAUAUCAAUGACCUAGUUUUACUGUUUAAACAUAGGCUCGGUCUGGUCAAUACCAACUUCAAUGACUUCUUCUCGCCAGUUUGUUCCUCAUAUAACACCAGAAACUCCGACCCUGGGAAUCUACGCCUUCUAUCUUCACAUCGCCAGAACUACUAUACAAAAUCGUACUUUCCUAGAACUAUUCGCCUCUGGAACAGUCUGCCUCACCACAUUAAACACAGUCCGAGCGUCUCAGCCUUCAAAUCUCAGCUCUCUGUGCUCUACUUAGAUAAGCUGAACACUUACCAGCCGCCUUAG